GAAAAAAAUAAAAAAAGCGUAUCCUCCACUUGUUAUUGUCUUUUGGUAAGCUAGCGACAAAAAGUGAGAGCCGACUAGCCGAGGUUACCGCGCCGCGCAAGUUAUAGCUAGCUAACUUUUACUAGUCCGCGUCCAGUCAAGUGGUUCAGUUGAGUCUGCGACUCGAUAGUGUUCGGACGUAUUAAUAAUGGCAAGCGGAAGGAUUGUUGUGUACGGUGGGCGAGGCGCCCUAGGGGCCGCGUGCGUUAAUCACUUCAAAUCAGCGAACUGGUGGGUUGCCAACAUCGACUUAAAUCCUAAUGACAAAGCCGAUUUCAACAUCACUGUGCCCAAAGACGCUUCGUGGGUACAACAGGAGGAACACGUCGUUAACGAACUGGCCAGCGCCCUGCAAGGUCAGAAAGUGAAUGCUGUGAUCUGUGUCGCGGGUGGCUGGGCCGGCGGAAACGCUGCCAAGGAUCUCAGCAAGCAAGCGGAUCUAAUGUGGCGCCAGUCUGUGUGGAGCUCCUCCAUUGCAGCCACUGUGGCUGCCAAGUACCUGUCUGCAGGAGGACUGUUGGCCCUGACUGGUGCUAAAGCUGCUUUGGAAGGUACACCUGGUAUGAUUGGCUAUGGAAUGGCCAAAGCUGCAGUACAUCAACUCACAAAAUCCCUGGGUGCCAAAGACUCUGGUUUGCCGGAGAACUCAUUGGCUGUUGCCAUACUUCCUGUGACUCUGGACACUGAGAUGAAUCGGAAAUGGAUGCCUAAGGCUGACUUUGGCACAUGGACCCCACUAACAUAUGUGGCUGAGCUAUUUGACAAAUGGAUCAAGGGUAAUGAGCGUCCACCAAGUGGCAGCCUGGUGGCAUUGGUCACCAAGGACAAUGUCACUGAGCUGAUUGUCCAGUAAACUUGCCAACUUAGAUAUAAGUAAAUGUGUCUCAAGUGUAGAUCUAAGCAAAC